CCUUCAUCUUCGUCACCAUCACCAAACUAGGUUGUAACAAACCCGUCGCAAAGAGACGCUAAAAUGCUGGAAACUGGAUUUCUGCAUGCUUCAAAAGGGAAAGUCGAUGCAUAAUGGGGGAUAUUAAGAUUCUCGAUCACCGAUCCACGAUUCCCCCCUCGGUUAAGUUAACGUGGGAAUGGGGCAUGCCACGGACUUGGGAGCAUGUAACGUCAAGAUCCAUACCACGGACACUUGUUAACCUAACCUUUAAACCUUACCUUACCUCAUCUAGCACUGAAUCCAAUUCUUGUUCUCCAAACAUUUCCUCUGCAUCUUUCCUACUCCCAUUCCUGAAUUGUAUCUCAAUUUAUAUUCUUAAGCUUCAUAAGACCCGUCCUUGUUCCUUGUUUUUCUUUCUUUCUUUCUUUCUUUCUUUCUUUCUCUUUCAAUGUCAUAAUGGCACCCAGAGAAGCUUCUUCAUGACAUGACGAUACCGGUUCCAACAUGACGAAUACCACCCCCCGUAGGCUUCUCUGCCCCAUCAGCGAGACUACCAAACGUCCCAAUGCGACCCCCAAACGUUUCCCCAGAGGCAGCCGCUUACAGUCUCGCCCUUUCUAUACUACGGUCCUCCUUCUAUCAGUCCUGACUGCGUAUUCAUUUUUGUCGCAUACAACCUUCGCGCAGUCCGUUUCCAAUCGCGCGGCAGAUCCCGAUCUGCUCUUCAAGCGCAGUUCCUCUAUGGUCGAAACACCCGAGUGCAAUCAAAUCCACGACGCUGUAGACAAAUGCGCCUUUGUGCGCAAAUACUGCAACGAUGAUGAUGCUGGGCUUAUACACUAUAUUGAACUGUAUUAUUGCUCUUUCGGUAAUGCAAGACCCGUCGCAUUCACAGCUCUCGUGCUUUGGCUGGGCCUCCUCUUCACCACCAUCGGCAUCGCUGCAAGCGAUUUCUUCAGUGUCAACCUAAGCACGAUAGCGACAGUUCUUGGUCUGAGCGAGAGUUUGGCAGGCGUCACAUUCCUCGCCUUUGGCAAUGGGUCUCCCGAUGUGUUCAGCACCUUUGCAGCCAUGGGCUCCAACAGCGCCAGCAUGGCCGUUGGAGAGCUGAUCGGCGCGGCAAGCUUUAUCACAGGUGUCGUUGCUGGUUCUAUGGCAUUGGUGAGGGAGUUUCGUGUUGAUCGGAAGUCAUACACACGCGAUAUUUGCUUCUUCAUUCUUGCGGUCGUCUUCACCAUGAUCUUCCUAGCUGAUGGCCACCUUCACUUGUGGGAGUGUUGGGUGAUGAUAGGCUACUAUGGAGUGUAUGUCGUUACUGUUGUAACAUGGCACUGGUACUCCACGAGACGCAAAGCUAGACAACGCAGAGAAGGCGAAGCGCGCAGCCAUGUGUAUGCAGCCCUAGGUCACUCGGGGGACGAGUUGGCCGGCGAGCCAUAUAGAGACGACCCAGAUGAUGCUGGCUCGGGCCCUAGCACUGCGCACGCUACGCCGCCUGAUAUCUCGCUCCUUGAAGCCGGACCCAGAAUCGAGGUUGACGGUACGCCUCAGCGAGCUGGAAGCGACACGUCUAGUGAAGACCAUGAUCGCAUGGUUGCAGCCGAGGUUGCCAGCAGCAUGCGAGUUCUGCGAGGUCGUGGAGUUCGACGAAACACAAUGACGCCCAUCCGACCUAGUCUUGUAGGUGCACUGGAAUUUCGGUCUGCUUUGGCGCAGUUACAGCGCGAGGGUAAUUUACAGCUGUCGACAAUCCCAGGAAGAAGCUACUCGGAUUAUCAUGUGCACAGGCGUAGGCAGACCACCGCAACAAUCGCGGAAUCAGCUCGGUCUGAUGGCCAGUUUGACCCCACUACUGGUGAGCACGCACCCAUAAGGAACAGAGCACUCUCUUCUGGAGACGUCCCAGUUGGUGUGCCUGCUCACCCAGACCUACACAUUCCGCGCCGCAACGGAUCUGAACCGACGUUGUCCGUUCCUGGCUCAACAGCCAGUGGAACGAGGGCAUCAAGCCCCAGCCCAUCCUACACUGUAGGAGGAAACUUGGCAGCGCCUCCUGUCGGUCCUAGUGGGACCACCCACGAUGCGUCUCCAGAAGACCAGAAAGGACAGCUGCUGACUCCCGAGCUUCGUCUGCAAAUACCUUCCAGCCGACGUAGCAGUUACAGCGACCGCUCCUCGCCCAACACGCCUUUCCCUAUGUACAGUGACUCGCCAGCACUGCUUACGCCCAAUUACCAGAAUGACCCAAUUGAGUUCGUCUCGCCAGGAGGAGUAUCACCCAAUACCGUAGCACCGGGUCCAGCAAGCCGUGAGACACCCUUUGCCGACUUGCAACUGACAGUCGAUGCCCCGUCACGUCCUGUUAGAUGGUGGCCUUAUGCCGUGCUACCAGCUCCCCAUGUCUUGUGGGCAACUUUGUUCCCUACAUUGCAAGGCUGGAAAGAGAAGACGGCAUGGGACAAGUUUGUCAGUGCCAUCUCUGUGCCAAGUAUCUUUCUUUUGGUGGUGACUUUGCCCGUCGUAGACUCAGAAACAACAGACGGCGAAUCAUCUAUCCUCGAAGCACUCAACGACCACACCGAUCAUUACCAUCACGAUCAUCAAGGUGUUGGGCACAUGGCUCCGCCCAUAUCAAUCGAGCACUCGGCGAUUGAGCCAGAAGGAGAGUCGGAAUGGGAGCGUUAUCGUAGACACACCAUCACAAGCCGUGGCAACAGUCACGUUGGCCUUGCGACGACACCAUCUACAGCACAUGCUGCAGAUGGAGAGACCCUGGCCGCCUCGCAGUUCUCUCUGGGUCCACCGGCCAUAGUGGCAAAGCCAGCUUCAGAUUUCCAUUCCUCCAGCAGUGUCAAGAAUGACUGCACAGGCUGGAACCGAUGGCUCGUGGCGCUACAACUAUUUACUGGUCCCCAGUUUGCUGUCCUUGUGUUUUGGGCCAAUACCUUGGAGGACUGGGAGAGCCCUCAUAAAGCUUUGAUCCGUAUGGUGUUAUACACACUCCUGGCAUCUCUCAUUCUUCUCGGUGUCUUGGUCGUUUUCACGUCAGAGGAUAGACCCCCUCGUUAUCAUUACAUGCUUUGCUUCAUGGGAUUCAUUAUUAGUAUUGCUUGGAUCUCAACCAUCGCAGGCGAGGUUGUGGGGGUUCUCAAGACGGUUGGAGUAAUUUUGAAUAUCUCGGAAGCGCUACUGGGUCUCACCAUAUUUGCUGCUGGCAACAGUGUGGGGGAUCUAGUCGCUGAUAUUACAGUAGCACGGCUUGGGUAUCCCGUGAUGGCUUUAUCUGCUUGCUUUGGUGGCCCUAUGCUGAACAUCCUUCUGGGCAUUGGUAUCGGCGGUGCCAUGAUGACAAUCCAGAAGGCAAACAAGAAGCAUCGCAAGAACCCCAGCCAUCCCAUCAAGUACAAGCCUUACCGCAUUCAAGUUGGAGGGACGCUGAUGAUCUCAGCUAUCACACUGCUUGUCACACUGGUGGGCUUGCUUAUUGUUGUGCCCAUGAACAAAUGGAUCUUGAGUCGCAAGAUUGGAUGGGGACUGAUCACUCUCUGGGCAGUGAGCACAAUCGUAAACGUGAUCGUCGAGCUUACUGGAGCUUGGGGUGAAAUGGCAUAGCCUGCCAUGAACUCGGUUGGGCUUACAAAGGCGUUUUUGUCUUAUUCAUACAUUCUUUGAGUGACUGUUUAGACCAAGCAAUAACAUGGCUUUGCCAUUUUUUUUUAUUUUUUAUUUUUUUUUAUUUUGUAACCGAACGAGAGCUGAUUCGAGAGAUGCUGCCUGAUCCAAGUGUAUAUAGGGAUAUCCAUCAGGUAAUUGAUAACCAUUCAUCCAUGCCGACUUUAAUCCUUGUUCACUCGUUCACCGAGCUCACCUCGACUGAGAGGCGGGGUCCACUGGUUGCUGCGAGCUAUUUAGCGGUGAGACAGGGCGGAACAGGUGGCCCACUAAAAAGUUUCUUGCGCUAGUGGAGGUCGUGAAGAUCUUUUGGUGGAGGGGUAAUGUUCGAGGGGCUAUUAGGUAGAGGGUAGCAAGCAGAGGAAGACUCCAUAAGGUACCUAGAGCAGCAACGAAUUGUCAGUCCAGAGCAUUCAAAACAAGAUGUAAUACCUACCAAGGUAGCCAAUGUUAAUUUUGAU